GGUCAUCAGUAGAAUUCGAGGCCUCGUCUCUUUCAGUCGCUCCCCGAAUCUGUUCAGUUGCAAAUAGGUUAAACGCCAGCUGUGGUGCUGCCGAUAGUAGGCGUUUCUGUGAUAAGCAAAUCGGAUCAAGUUCAGUCUAGCAACGACGUGAAGAUGAAAACGAUCGCUAGCUACGUAAUACUGAUGCUGGUUUGUCUUUUGGGCACCUUUAGCAUCGGUGAAAGUGUGAUUUACACCAAGUCCUGUCUGACCUUCGAAGAGCAGUACACAUUCAAAGAGAAUAAGUUCAUGGGUAAAUGGUACGAGGUACGGCGCCUGUACGAUCCCCUCGAUCCGGAGCAGGAAGAUUGCGUCGUGAUGAGCUAUCGGUUGCUCGAAAUGGGUGCCUUUGAAAUCAUGAAAUCCUUCCAAAUGACCAAAGAUGGCCAACCAAUCUACGCUAGCGGCAAAGCAGAGCCAAGGGUGUUCCACGAGUCACGCAUACCACAGUUCUACGAGCGCUUGAACACGACCAACGCGGCCGAUCCAGACACAUCCGUUGACAUCGUGACGACCGAUUACGAAAACUAUGCUAUCCUCUAUUCCUGCACUUCGAUCAACUCAACGCACCAUCUUGAGGCAUCAUGGGUACUGUCACGUUUACCGGAAUUGGAAAAGAAGGAAGACCAGAUGGUGGAUCUCUAUUUGCAAAGGUGGUUCAAGCGUUCGGAUCACGAAUGGCGCGCCACCAUGCAGAUGCCCGAAUUCUGUAAACCCUCAAUCGUGGACGGCUCAAGCCACUCAGGCGCCAGCACCGACUAUCAUCCGCUAGCGUCUCGAAUGAUGCUUUUGCUUGUACUGCUACCGGCAAGCACAUUGGCACAACGAAUCUUUUCCUAACCUAACACCAUCGCAUAAGAAACCUCCACCGAUAAAUUGAGUAAUGAAUAAGCAUCUUAUUUAGCUGAAAAUUGUACAUUAAUCUAAAAGUAAAGCAUGACAUUUGUUGAGUGCA